UGCAGCGUCCUGUUCUGUCAAAUUGAAGUUUUGUGUGUGUCGUAAACCAGUGAAAGUUCGAACGAAAGAAGAAACGACGGGAGUGGCCGUUUCGCUCAGCAGAAUUUAUCGAAUCCGUUAGAAAUGAAUUGAUUCCUUCUACGUUUUAUCAGAAGUACUGAGAUUAUUGUGUUCGUAACCUUUUAUUCAAUCGCAAUUUGUAACUGGAAGCCAUGGAGGACGAUUUGCCGACUGCGUACGAUGUCAUCGUCGUGGGGACGGGCAUGACGGAGUCCAUUGUUGCAGCGGCCGCGAGCAGAAUCGGUAAAAAGGUUCUUCACCUAGACAGUAAUGAGUAUUAUGGUGGUCUCUGGGCAACAUUUAAUUUUGAUGGUUUACAAAAAUGGAUAGAGGAUUUGAAAAUUCCGAAAAAUAAUACUAUGGAUAUAUCUGAACUAGAUUUACAACCUGAAGAGAAAUUUCUUAAAGCCAGUGAUCAAUAUUCUACUGUUAAAAAUAUUGAAGAAACCUGGUUUAUUACGAAUGAAGCUGAUUUGCCAGUGGUUUCCACGAAAGACACUCAGACUGAUAAUAUUGGUGAUGGCAGUGGUAGUGGCGAUGAAAAGACAGACGAUGAUAAAGUCGAGAAAAAGGAGAAUGUAAAACAGUGGAGUAUAGAUCGCAUUAGAAAGGAAUACAGAAAAUUCAAUAUUGACCUCGCACCAAAGUUGCUGUUCGCGCGAGGUGAACUCGUUGAAUUACUGAUAUCCAGUAAUAUUUCUCGGUAUGCGGAAUUCCGAUCGGUGUCCAGAGUGGCUACGUUCAUGGACGGAAAGCUGACACAAGUACCUUGCUCGAGGGCUGAUGUGUUCGCAAAUAAAACCGUUAGUUUUGUCGAGAAAAGAAUGCUUAUGAAAUUACUCACUUCUUGUAUGGUGCAGGGCGCCGAUAGCCCAGAAUUUGAUGGAUUCCAGGACAAGUCCUUCAUAGAAUAUUUGAACACGAAGGAUCUAACACCAAUCGUGAAGCAUUAUAUUGUUCAAGCUAUUGCAAUGGCCACUGAAAAGACACCGUGUAGGGAUGGUGUGAAUCGCACGAAGCAUUUUCUCAAUAGCCUCGGGCGAUAUGGAAAUACACCUUUCCUUUGGCCUAUGUACGGUAGUGGAGAGCUACCUCAGUGCUUUUGCAGAUUGUGUGCAGUGUUUGGUGGAGUGUAUUGUUUGAAGAGGCAGCUGGAUGGUGUAGUAAUAGACGAAGACAAGUGUAAAGCUAUCAUUAGCGGCAAACAAAGAUUAACUUUAGAACAUUUGGUUGUCGGUCAGGGUCAUUUGCCACCGGAAAUAGUAGCCUCCGAGGGAGAGGAACGGAUAUCGCGAGGAAUAUUUAUUACGGACAGGUCAAUUAUGCAAGGUGAAAAAGAGAAUUUGACACUUUUAUAUUAUCCUCCAGAAGAACCUGGUCAAGGACCUAUUACUUUGAUUGAAUUGGGACCAUCUACAAAUGCUUGUCCUCAAGGACUAUUUAUGGUGCAUAUGACAUGCAAACGAACGACGAACGCAAAGGAAGACUUGGCCUACGUUGUCAAUAAAUUUUUAAAAGCGGAACCGUUCGAUCCAAUGGCGAUCCGCGCAUCGAUCCAUAGCCACACGCAAACUGUUUCUCCGGAUAAGAGACAUAUUGAGGAAAGUAGCGAAACCGACAAGGAAGAGUCUACUGACAAUCCUAAGCCUCAAGUUUUAUGGUCAUUAUACUUAAAUCUGCCUGCAAGUGAUAUAAAGUUAAACGAUUCUGCGCCAAGCAACCUCCAUCUUUGUUCCGGACCGGACUUAGAACUUGAUUUCGAUUUCGCAGUUAAUCAGGCAAGAAGCAUUUUUGAAGCAAUGUACCCCGAAGAAGAUUUCCUCCCGCGAGCACCGGAUCCAGAAGAGAUCGUGCUCGAAGGCGAAGAGGCACCAGGACCAAAGUUUGAGGGAGAUACAGAGGCUGAAGAAAAACAGGACGUUGAGAAAGCUGAAAAAGAGGAAUAAUUUGUCUUUUUUUCGUCUUUUCGACCUGCAAACACUGGCCAGCUCCUUUAGCCGCACAUCUCUUUCUAUCCAAAGUUAUACGCGCCUCCUUACGUUCGAAAGUUGGACGAUUUUUAUUCGAAUAAUCGACGAACUAAUUUUCACACGAUUGAGUUGUUGAUCAUGUCAUAAACAGUGGUAGCAUAUCGCAUAAAAUAAUCUUAAUUUAAAUAAUUUUUACGUGGUGUUUGCGGUGUGCAGUUAAAAUAUUACUUCUUCCAUAACUUUUUUUCGAGAAGAAAUUUUUAUUUCGUUCGGAUGUUUUUUUCGGAACGAAUCGUUGGAAAUUGUUCACGAAUUGUUCGAAUAAAAAUUAAAUUCGACUGGCGCUCGAGUCUUGCUCUUUUAUUAAGUUACAGAGUGGUCGGCCGAAAGCAUUCGUUUUUUGUUCCUUUUUUCUUUGGCCAAAAAUGUUUCUUUUUCUCAACAAUUGCGUUAUUCGAGAAAAUGAAAUGUAGUUUUAUAACAUGUAAGAGAGACGUGGGAAGAUUGAUAAAUCAUUUAAUGAAAUUAAUAUUUAUUGCAUUGAAUCAAAUUUGGCAACUGAUAGUCUAUUGUGUACAUUUGAAUUAAGUUUAAGAUAAAUUCUGAAUAAAAUCUGAAUUAAUAAAUAUGUAAAUAAUUUGAUAAUUCAUACAUAAAAAUCGAUUUCUAGUUUAAUCGAGAUAAUUAGAGCCUUACUUGGCACCGAUUCUGUUCGCGAAUGAUACAAUUUUUUAAAGAUGCGGUCGGAACCAUAAACCUCAUUGACUCUUUCAUUAUUCACGGGAACGUUUUGCUACAGGUGUAAUUAAAUAAAAAAAGUCUAUAUCGUUCCACGUUGCUCUACUAUAUAAAUAAUACAAAUACGUAUCGUAAUGUCUUUUAUCUGACCGUUAAUGCACAUUGUACAUCAUUAGUGUAUUUAUUACUUAUUCUAUUACAUAGUAUAGUUUACCGAUUAUACAUUGUUAGUAUAGGAACAAAUUUAGACUGCGAAGAAGCAACCGUUCCUCGACUAAUUUGUAUUUUUUUAAAUUAAUUAAUGAAUAUGCUUCAUUCUGUUUUAUAAAUAUUAAUAAUAC